UCCAUCUGUAUCCUUGUCCUCUUGCAAUCACUCCACGGCUCCACCGUCUCGCCGAUUCUAUAUAAACGCCGGCGCCAUCCACCUCGCACUCCCAUUCACUAGUGACACACCAAGUUCUAGCUUCUCUCUCACGAUGCGGUGCCAUGGCUGGAGAUCUGUGGCGGCGAUCUUUGCCGUGGCCAUUGUCUUAGCGGCGGCUGCAGCCGCGCGGGAUGACGGCCGGGAGACGUACGUCGUCCACAUGUCGCACUCCGCCAAGCCGACCAGCUUCGCGGCGCACGGCGACUGGUACGCGUCGUCGCUGCAGUCCGUCUCCGGCGGCGCCGCCUCCGUGAUCUACACCUACGACACGCUCCUCCACGGCUACUCGGCGCGUCUGACGCGCGCGGAGGUCAGGGCCCUGGAGGCGCAGCCCGGCGUGCUGCUCGUCAACCCGGAGACGCGGUACGAGCUGCACACCACCCGGACCCCGGAGUUCCUCGGGCUGGAGAGGGCGGACGCGAUGUUCCCGGAGUCGGGCACCGCCAGCGACGUCGUCGUCGGCGUGCUGGACACCGGCGUGUGGCCGGAGCGGGCCAGCUACGACGACGCGGGGCUCGGCCCGGUCCCGGCGGGCUGGAAGGGCAAGUGCGAGACGGGCAGCGACUUCAACGCCUCCGCGUGCAACCGCAAGCUCAUCGGCGCGCGGUUCUUCCUGGCGGGGUACGAGGCGUCCAAGGGCCCCGUGGACCCGUCCAAGGAGUCGCGCUCCCCGAGGGACAACGACGGGCACGGCACGCACACCUCCAGCACGGCGGCGGGCUCGACCGUGCACGGCGCCGACCUGCUCGGGUACGCGCCCGGGACGGCCAGGGGCAUGGCGCCGCGCGCGCGCGUGGCCACCUACAAGGUGUGCUGGGUCGGCGGCUGCUUCAGCUCCGACAUCCUCAAGGGCAUGGAGGUCGCCGUCGCCGACGGCGUCGACGUGCUCUCGCUCUCCCUCGGCGGCGGCACCUCCGACUACUACCGCGACAGCAUCGCGAUCGGCGCCUACAGCGCCAUGGAGAAGGGGAUCUUCGUGUCCUGCUCGGCGGGCAACGCCGGGCCGGGCGCGGCGUCGCUCACCAACGGCGCGCCGUGGAUCACCACCGUGGGCGCCGGCACGCUCGACCGCGACUUCCCCGCGUACGUCACCCUCGGCAACGGCAACAAGUACACCGGCGUCUCCCUGUACAGCGGCAAGCAGCUGCCCACCACGCCCGUCCCGUUCAUCUACGCGGGGAACGCGUCCAACAGCAGCAUGGGCGCGCUGUGCAUGACCGGCAGCCUCAUCCCGGCCAAGGUCGCCGGCAAGAUCGUCCUCUGCGACCGUGGCACCAAUGCCAGGGUCCAGAAGGGGUUCGUCGUCAGAGACGCCGGCGGCGCCGGCAUGGUGCUCGCCAACACCGCCGCCAACGGCGAAGAGCUCGUCGCUGACGCGCACAUUCUCCCCGGCGCCGGCGUCGGGGAGAAGGCCGGCAACGCCAUGAGAACCUACGCCACGUCGAACCCGAACCCGACGGCCAACCUAGUGUUCGCCGGCACCAAGGUCGGGAUCCAGCCGUCGCCCGUGGUGGCCGCAUUCUCCUCGAGGGGGCCCAACACGGUGACCCCCGGCAUCCUGAAGCCGGACCUGAUCGCCCCGGGCGUGAACAUCCUCGCCGCGUGGUCGGGAUCCGUCGGCCCGUCGGGGAUCGCCGACGACACCCGGCGCACAAGCUUCAACAUCAUCUCCGGCACGUCCAUGUCGUGCCCGCACGUGAGCGGGCUGGCGGCGCUGCUCCGGUCGGCGCACCAGGACUGGAGCCCGGCCGUCAUCCGCUCCGCGCUGAUGACCACGGCGUACGCGGCGUACCCCAGCGGCGGCGGGCUCCUGGACGUGGCCACCAGCCGCCCGGCCACGCCGCUGGACGUCGGAGCCGGCCACGUCGACCCCAGCAAGGCGCUCGACCCGGGCCUGGUGUACGACCUCACCGCCGCAGACUACCUGGACUUCCUCUGCGCCAUCGACUACGAGCCGUCCCAGAUCGCCGCGCUCACCAAGCACUCGACGGACCGGUGCAGCGACAAGAAAACGUACUCGGUGGCCGCGCUCAACUACCCGUCGUUCUCCGUGACGCUCCCGGCGGCCGGCGGCAAGGAGAAGCACACCCGCACGGUGACCAACGUCGGGCCGCCCGGCACGUACAAGGUGACGGCCAGCGCCGCGGCGGGCAGCACACCGAUCAGCGUGUCGGUCGAGCCGUCGACGCUGACAUUCUCCAAGGCCGGCGAGAAGAAGAGCUACACGGUGAGCUUCGCCGCGGCCGGGCUGCCGUCGGGAACCAACGGGUUCGGGCGGCUCGUCUGGUCCAGCGACCACCACGUCGUGGCCAGCCCGAUCGUGGCGACGUGGACCUGACCGUCCGUCCGUCCGGCGGGGUAUAGCAAAUUACCCCGUCGGAGUAGUAGCGAUUGUGUUUGGGUGGAAAAACGCGGGGGGCAGUAAGCAAUGGUGCCCGCCAUUGUUUCGAUUGGAAACAAUAGAUGGCAAGGAUAAACAGUUGUGUGUAAUCUGUCGAUUCGCGUGGUGAUUUACUCGAGUUGUGGGGAUGAAUUGCGCAUAGAUCUGUGAAUUAGCAUGGUGAGAAGGUGAGUGAAUGAUGCAUUGGUGGUGUACUCCCAAACAGAGACAGAUUAAAGGAUAAUGGACCAGCA